AUGUGGCACAAUGAUACCUACCCGGCCAUCGCGCCUACACGGCCAGAGCUGAGCAUUUAUUACUGGUGCGAGAUUGCCAGUGGGUUAGACCCAUGGGAUGUUCUUAUUCUUGGCGCAGCCUUCCUCGCCACCCCGUCAUCCAUCGCCGAGUCUUCCACCGAGAGUUGGUGGCAAAGCUUCGAAACCAAUGUCAAAGGAACGAUGAUGCCGGCUAAGUGCGUUCUCCCCAGGGCUAGUCCAGGCGCUGCCAUCAUUGCCGUCGCUGCUGCCACUCUGUUGCCGCUCACCAUGGUCCCGGGACUAUCGGCCUAUCUCAGCUCCAAGCUGGCCUUAAUCAAGAUGAUGGAGUACCUGGCAGCGGAGAACCCAUCGCUGUUUGUGGCCACUCUUCAUCCUGGUAUGGUAGAGACCGAGAUCUUCCACAAGAGCGGCGGCCAGGCAGAUCAGUUGCCAAUGGACACUGUGAAUUUGCCAGCCGAAUUUACUGUUUGGCCCUUUCCGUACUUGUAGCCCGACCAACGGUGGUGUUAACCCAGUGAGGGUGGGACCAUCUAUCGGGUGACGAAGCGAUAGCGUCCCUGCUUGUGCUCCGAGAUAUAUAGUCGCAUUCAGACCUUAGGUUGAAGCUGAAGGUAACCCCUUUAGGAGCCUUACAUAGUCCACUUAUGAGAAGAAGAAGGAAUAGUCAAAUGUCGAGAGAGUACCACGGUAUUAUGCCAAAUUCGAA